AUGGUUCCGAGUCAACAACUACUGCUCCGAGCAGGAAUGAUGCGUCAGUCUUCUUCAGGCAUUUAUUCUAUUCUCCCUUUUGGUCAACGUGUUCUCGACAAGAUUGAGAAUAUAAUUGAUGAGGAGCUUGAAAACAUUGGAUGUCAAAAACUGUCACUGCCCAAUCUUUUGCCAUCCGAAAACUGGAAAAAGACAGGACGUUGGGAAAGCACUGGGCAGGAGAUGUUCAAGCUUAAGGAUCGUAAAGGGGCGGACUUUCUGCUUGCGCCAACGCAUGAAGAGGAAAUUACUUCACUCAUCGCAAAAGAAAUCCAGAGCUAUCGCCAGCUACCUAUUCGUGUUUAUCAAGUUGGGCGUAAAUUUCGGGAUGAAUUGAGGGCUAGAAGUGGGUUGCUGCGAGGGAAGGAGUUUUUAAUGAAGGACUUGUAUACUUUUGAUGUAUCAGAAGAGGAGGCGCUCAAGACCUAUGAUGACGUCGUAUUGGCGUACAGACGGAUUAUGAAGCGUUUUGGCAUCCCAUACGCUGUUGCCGAAGCUGAUACUGGCAACAUCGGAGGGACUCAUUCGCAUGAAUUCCACGUUCUUUCAAAAGUUGGGGAGGAUUCCCUUCUGUCAUGUGCAUCAUGUGGAUAUACCUCAAAUGAGGAGCGAGCUAUCGGGAUCAUCCCAAACAUCCCAACAAAGGCAGCAACAAAGUUCCACUGCUCCGAUAUUGUCCCAAAAUGGGUUGAAUCUCUAGACAUUAUUCCUCGAUCUACUUUCAAGCUUAGACCCAAGGUGCAGCUUGGAGUCAUGAAGAUGGAAUCACAAGACGAAACAAAGGCCAGCUCAUGUGCAUUGGUCGCAGUCGCAACAGCAGGUGACCGCAGUGUGAAUGAAAUCAAGGUUUCAAAAGCUAUCGGAAAGAUUGAGUUUGCCAGUUCCAUAGAUGAUGUCAGGACUCUCAUAGCCAAUGAUUCUCUGGACAAGAUCACAGUAUGCAUAGAUCAGUCACUAUACCCAGGACAAUCCUCUUUAAGAGCAAAGGACCUGGAUAUGAAGGGGCUGAAGGACCCUAUGUUUGAAGAACUGAAGUCUAUAUUCUCAAUCGAGAACAGCAUUUGCAAUCUACAUGUUAUCUACGGAGACUACCACAACUGCUUACCUGAGGACGGUUGCCCGCAUUGCUUUAAUAACAAGGGGACUAUUGAGCCUAUGAAGAUGACAAGGGCAAUCGAAAUCGGGCAUACAUUUAUGCUUGGGACGAAAUAUUCACAGCCUCUUGGCGCCAUGUUUGUUCUUGAAGGGACCCAAAACCUUGAACCUAUGCAAAUGGGGUGUUAUGGCCUUGGUAUAACACGUUUACUUGCCUCGAUUGUUGAAGCAUCACAUGACCAAAAGGGUAUUAUUUGGCCAGAGUCUGUAGCACCUUUUCGAGCAGUGAUUGUUACUUCCGAAGAUGAACGAUGUAUUACUGCCGCCGAAAGUAUAUACGAUAUAGUUCAAAAGGCACUGAAGACUAAAUCGGGGGUGAUUAUUGACGAUCGACUAGAUGUCACCCUUGGAUUCAAGAUGAAAGAUGCAGAGUUGAUUGGGUAUCCAUGGAUGAUUAUCAUUGGCAAAGGAUUUUUGAGGACAGGCAAUGUGGAAGUGCAACACCGCAAGACAGGCGAGAAGUGGUCUCUAGAGCGGCCGAAGAUCCUGUCCUUCUUUGAAGAGCGACAAUUAUAA